AUGUAUGUAACAAGGCCUCUCUCUCUAUACAAGAACCAUCCUGACUUGCUAUCUAUAUCACCAGCUGCGGUCGAAGGACCAGGUUCAGGCUUUCUAGUAAUUCAGAAUGAAGAAGAUAUCGAGCACGUUAGAUCAUUUUUCAGCAGAGAAAUCAGUAAGAAUUUGUUUCUUAAUGAUUUGCCUUUCCCACAAAAUAAACUCCUUACGAUAGUUUAUGCUACUGUAACUGGACCUGGACCUGGUGGACAUACUGUGAAGCAUAAGGCCUUCUUCAUUCCUGUCGUUAAUCAGCCUUUGUCUUCCAACUGCUACUAUGUGAUGAUCGCUGAUCCCGAGCAUAAAGGGUUAGCAUACACAAGCGCAACACUAGAAGGUACAGAACCCGGCUGUUUCUGUUGCAGAUUUGAUCCAGAAACAAACCCUAAAGGACUCAACCCCCGUAACAUUCACCAGCAGUUUAAGAUUAUAAAAACAAGCAAACGUUGUUUUUCUGCCAACUCUGUUGAUCCUGAAGGUUUCCCUCCGAUGUUCUUAAGUAAGGAAUGGAGAAUCCACGCAGCCGAGACCAAGGCUUUUAUAGGUGAAGCGGAAGGCCUCAACUCCUUCCUCCGAAGCCAGCUUCCAGAUUUCAAUUUCCCAUCAUCGAGCGACCAUUCACAAUCGAUGAUUGUCGGUAAAUGGUAUUGUCCUUACAUGUUUAUUACCGAAGGAACCCGAAAAGAACAAAUGGAUAGGUCUGUGUUUUAUGAAUUAACAUUAGAGCAGCAAUGGGAGAAGAUAUAUUCAUGCAAACGCGAUGAAGUGGGAGGGGACUCAGUGGCUGUAAACGUCGUUGUUCCUACUGAAGUCGUCAAGAUUUCAUGGAUGGACGCAGUCUCUGAAAGAGAUGACGCUAACGAAACGAUGUGGUUUUGGGUUAUGAGUGAGAUGGGGUUGCAAACAAGGAUAGGUGUAAGUUUCUUGAUUGUAGAAAGAAUAAUCUGGGAGCAAGAAAGAGUAGGGUGGGUUGGUGGAAAUGAAAAGCAAGUGAUGGUUGCUAGAAUGGAGAGAUAUACUCGAGGUAAUUCGUGGAAGAUGUUUCGGUGUUAUGUGCUUGUUGAACGAUUUGUGCUAAGAAGGUUAGAUGGAAGUUUAGUGUUGACGUAUGAGUUUAAACAUACUCAUAGGAUUCGAUGCAAAUGGGAAUGA